GUGGGAGGUGAAAAGUUUUGAGUAUGAAAUAUAAUUGUGAGUCGGAGAAAUCUUUCGUCAUAUUCGUUGUUACGGAUCAAUGCCUCGCGAUGUUUGUUCUUUUUAGCGGUGUUUCGUGUAAUGUUUUAUUCGCACUGUUGGUAGAGUAGUAUCUGUUGCAGUUUUAACUGGUGUUUCGUUAUUGAUUACAACUAUAAUAAUCAGAAACAAAAUAUGGGCAAAGCAACUGUUGAUGGAAAGAAACCAAAAGCAGUCAAAAAGAUGAAAGAUCCGAAUGCCCCGAAACGCGCAAUGUCGGCUUUCUUUAUUUGGAUGAACGAGAAUCGCGAUCGGAUCAAGAAGCCUGGUAUGAGUGUGGGUGAUGUUGCUAAAGCUGCGGGUAUCGAAUGGGCGGCGAUGACAGAUAAAUCAGAUGUGCACGUCUUGCUUAUCGCUGUAACACUGAUCAAAUCUGGAACAAUGCCAACGUGUCGUUUGAAGCGAAUAUUAAUGUAAUUAGCAACUACUUGCAUUAAUAUGCAAGUCUACAAGGAAAUAAUUUCUGCCUUCUAUUGUUGUCAACGUUUCCACUCUUGCGAAGAUGUGCCGCGAAUUCUUGCUUUGAUGGAUUCUGGAUAUACAGUGGGAAAAACGAGCGGAAGAAGACAAGAAAAGGUACGAAAGGGAAAUAGCUGCAUACAAAAACAAGCAAUAGGCUCUAUCAAGCAUCAACAGGGACAACAACAGCAACAAACGAAACUUAUCAUCUAAGCAGUUCUGGUGUCUUUUAUUCCGCUUUCCCAUGCUGAUGUUAUGAUGUUCUGUGAAAAGUCAUGUAAUUAACCGUACCAAUAUUUUUCGUUCAAUUUUGGUCCAGUUUCUAUAUGGCACUUUCAUCCUUUUUUUUGUGAUCUCAGGCGAAUCGCGCAAAACUCGUGUGCAUAAUUUGAUUUGUUUUGUUGUGUCUCGCAGUGUGUGUGGAUGUGUGCGUAUGGACAUUUUUAUCCAGAUAUAUAUUUCUCCUCCGGUCCUUAUCCCGCUUUCCUUCUCUGUUAUAUAGAUUCUCUCUGUAUCCACUAGGAUUUGAUCACUUUAACUCUGUACGAUAUGCUUUAACUAAAUAAAAAAAUUGGAAAAACUGAUAGGCAGGACUGCAACAAGUACUGCAAUCGACAAAAUGUAGCGCAUUAUGUAGGGGUUGAUGCGUGUAGCGUGUGGAUGUGUGCGCA